AUGUUCGGAACAAGAAAGACCUGGGACCUUGGCCACGCCCCCUGUCUGCAGGAGCUCUGGAAGAAAGACGUCUCAUUGGAUGGUGAGUGGAUUCUGUAGGCCCACACCAUUGGGCAGCAAGGGAGUCCCUCUGUGACACAGGGGUGGGACUAAACCAGUGUGGCCGCAUUUUUGGGAUGACAAAGAGAGGGAGGGAGCAUGAGAGGGAAUGGGAGAGGUGUGUGCUGCCUGUCUGACGGGACUAAGAGUAGAGGAGUGUGUGACACAUUCCCAUGAGCUGUGCCUCUCAGUGAAACUGGGAGAGACAGGAAAUAUUGGAGAAGAGAAGGAAUUCCUAUAUCUGACUGGAGAGGGGAAAGGAAGAGUCUGACAGUGGUCUGAGAAAGCGGUGAGGAGUUAGAGUGUGCCAGUCUUCUCUCUCUUUCUCUACCUCUCUCAGCUGAAGGAGUGCGUCUCUAGCAGGUACAGAGCUUAAAGCUGAUCCCCUUACAGCCACAGUCCAGGGGCCAGGAGUGUAAACACUGGACCUAUUGUGUGUUGUGUGUGUGUGCAUCUGUCUGUGGGUGUGUGUUUCUCUGCGCUAAUGCUCUUGCAGGACUGCUCAAGGUGACGAUGGAGCAGCAGAACUGUGAUUGUGCUAGUGCAGAAAAGAAAGCAAGAGAGUGACUGUCUGAGAAAGAAAGAAAGGCAGAGAGAGGGGAGAGAAAGGGACAGUGUUGCUAGCGAAACGGAGAACGGAAGUUAGAGAAUGAGAGGAGGAGAGGAUGGUAGCGUUUUACGUGUCCGGUCGUAUAAUACUUAACAAUGUGUGUCCUAAUGGUGUGUGAGUUUGUGUGUACGUUUUGUACGUGUGUGACUCCGCUGUGGGACUUAAUCUGCUGUGUCAUCAGUUACCGAACUUCCCUGAAUAAGUGUAUUUUUCUUGGUGUGUGUUUGCCUUAGUCUGUGAUCCAUUGUAUGGAUAAGGCGCUUUGUUCAGUUAAAUUGCUCUUACGUGUGUAUUAGGAAAUAAACGUCUGUGUUUGAGUGUGAGCAUGUGUGUUAAUACAGGUUAAUAUUGUAGGGUUGAUUUGUGUGUUUAAUAGACCCAGUGUAGUAGUACAGUACACUGAUUGUCCUCAGGUUGAUAAGACUCUGGGCCCCCAUACAGGUGACCAUACACAUGCAUACACACAUGUAAACAGGCCUGUAUGCAGUUAAUGCAUCACCUGCUGGUUCCUGUGUUAUCACACUGCUUAUCUAGCUGUGCUGGUUUCCAUGGGACUGUCUGUGUGAACCUUGGAAGGUUGGGCAGGGAGAAUAGGGGAGAGAGGCCUAGAAUCACUCUUGCCUGAGGGGAGAGGAGAGAAUAAUGGUUAGUAGAGGGAGAGGGGGGGAGAAAGGUAAGUGGGGAGAAGAGAGGGCAAUAGCAAAUUACCUCUGACACAGGUAGAGAGAGGGAAGGAGAGAGAGGGAGAAGAUGGAAAAGGGUAGAGGGAUAGAGGCUGUUUUCUGACUCAAGUGAAUACAGGAUCGUCUCUGCCACAGUGGAUAAGAACAUAAUCAACCCAUUUGGCUGAGGCUUGUUUGUGUACUGUGUUUAACUGUGAGUGUACAGUCCAUGUUUGUGUUUCUAACUUUGUUUGUCCCUCCCGUGUGUCCGUAGCGAGCUCGGUGGACUUCUUGAUGAGUGAUGGUGAGGAGGACUGCUCCUUCCUGUCUCUACCCGCAGCCACUUUCCCACAACGCACCGCUCUGACCACUACUGACCAAUUAGAAACCAGCCAGCACAACCACAACCAACAGCUACUCAUACAGGUGAGAUGACUGCACACACACAACUAAUACUCAACUAACUAGGUCAAUGUGGCUAGCGUAUCGUUCAUAUUGGUGGGUGUUUUCCCAACAUGAUACUGGUUUGUCCUGGUUUCACUGGCUAAACUGGUGGGGGCGGUUUCAGGUCAGGAAGAGCCCUGGGGAGUGGGACUCAGUCGAUUUAUCGAUCAGGUUUUAAUGAGCUUCUAACACACACCAAUACAAAUACACACACACACACACACAGCCUAGCUGUCAUUAUCCUGUACACUCUAUAUGUACUCUGCAGAACAGAGAAUCUUGUGUGUCUGCAUUGUAUCCCUCCUGUGGUUUCAUUUCAUGUGUGUUCAGGAUUGUGUUGCUUUGUCAGCAUUUGGAGUAACAUAGGGUAGAGCUCACACUGUUACAACAACACAUACCUUUAUAGUAAUAAAACAAACAGAUCUUCCUUCAGGAGGGUAUAACGGACUGAACGUUGCAUGUAGAAAUGUCACAAAUAGAGCAGACCUUAUUUUAUCACAUGACUGAGAGGCAUGUCUGUUCUACAUAGUAUAUUUCCGUUGGAACGUUCCACAAUGUUGUGCCCCACUGAACACAGCACAGAGGGGUAUACUACAAACCAGGAUCAAUGAGUUAGCCAGCUAACUUGGAUAAACAAACAUAAAUAAGUACUGAUUUUCUGGUUCAUUAGGAAAGAUAAACUAAGAUGUGUUUUUGGUUGUUGGGUCAAUCAGACAUGCCUAUUUCAAGCUUAUCUUUCUAUAAAAUAAAAGGUUAUUUCAGAAUAUUUAGGAAAGUGAGCUGGCUAAGUCAUUGAUCUUACUUUGUAGUAUACCCCUCAGGCGUGGGUAUUCUACACUGUUCUGCCCAGCGUCUCGUGACAAGCGUUUCCUAAUCUGCCGCUGUAACUUGGAUUUGGACUUGCGUUGACAGCCCCAGUGCUAAGUCAUAAAGCUCACAUCAGCACUUCAUAAGAUGGCAUUGGCGUCUCAUAGCGACAGGUCUUGCAGAUUAAAGAUGACAGUGCUGUCCGUGCCUUUUGACACGUGGCUUUUAACUGGACGCGUACGCGCAAACUUACCCGCGUACACAAAAAGAUGUCUCUUCAACAAAUCGUUGCAUUUCCUCCAUAUUCCUCUUUCGUUCAUCGUUGUGCUGUUUCUCCUUUAUCUCAUCUGCCAUUUCUCUUUGUCUUCCUCCACCCCUCUACACCUUUCAUUGCUGUACGUCCUCUCAUCCCUCUCUCCUCCCCCCAUCACCCUUUCAUCCACAGAAGGUCACCUGGUCCUGUUCCUGGACAUCUGCCUAUGUAAUGUCCUCAUUCGCUCUCUUUCACUUUCUCUACAGUCUCUAGCUCUCUCUCUCUCUCUCUCUCUCUCUCUCUCUCUCUCUUCUCUGUCUCUGUGUGUAUUUAGUCUUUUAGUUUCUUUAGUCUGAUUUGUAUGGCUGUAGGUGGUUUCAGUUGGUAGAGUAGCAGUUUCAUCUCUGCAUCCGAGUCUAUUUGUAUAGACCAUUGGUUUGCAAACCUCUUCUCGGGGACCCCAUGCAGUUCAAUGUAUUUGAUCUAUUCCAGAACUAGCACACCUGAUUUUAAUCUUCAACUAAUCAUCAAACCCUUGAUUAGGUGAAUUACACUCACUGGCCAGUUUAUUAGAUACACCCAUCUAGUACCGGGUCGGACCCACCUAUUCCUCCAGAACAGCCUGAAUUCUUCAGGGCAUGGAUUCUACAAGGUGUCAGAAAUGUUCUACAGGGAUGGCAUCACACAGCUGCUGCAGAUUGGACGGCGGUACAUUCAUGCUGCAAACAGCCCAUUCCAUCUCAUCCCAAAGAUGCUGUAUUGGGUUUGGUCAGCAACAAUGUUCAGAUAUGCUGUGGCGUUCAAUUGUUGCACAAUUGACCUAACAUGUGCCAGGAAAACUUUCCCCACACCAGUACACCAGGCAGGAUGGGUCCAUCGACUCAUGCUGCUUAUGCCAAAUCCUGACUCUGCCAUCAGCAUGACACAACAGGAACUGGGAUUCGUUGGACCAGGCCCUAUUUUUCCAUUCCUCAAUUGUCAAGUGUUGGUGAUCGCGUGCCCACUGGAGCCUUUUCUUGUUUUUAGUGGAUAGUAGCGGAACCCGGUGUGGUCGUCUGCUGCGUUAGCCCAUCCGUGACAAGGAUCGACGAGUUGUGCGUUCCGAGAUGCUGUUUCAGCGGCUGUUUCUGAGAUACUGGAUCCGGCGACCAUACCAGACUCAAAGUCGCUUAGGUCACUUGUUUUGCCCAUUCUAAUGUUCAAUCGAACAGUAACUGGAUGCCUGUCUGCCUGCUUUAUAUAGCAAGUUACAGCCACGUGACUCACUGUCUGUAGGAGCGAUCCAUUUUCGCAAACUGGGUGGUGUACUUAAUAAACUGGCAGGUGAGUGCAGAUGAUCUAGUUCGGGGCCACAACAAAAUUGUGAAAUGUCUGGGGGUCCCAUAGGAGAUAUUUGAAAACCACUGGUAUAGGGGUAUAUCCAUUUGAAUUCAAUCACUUUUUGACAGCACCUCUUGAUUUGAACAAAACCUUCCAUACACAUUUGGCCGUUGUAGAAGUGCUCAGAAAGUGACUUUUUGGACCUGAAUGCCAAAACAUUCAAGAGAUAAAGGUGCGCUCAAAGUUGACCCAUUUUGCGUACCCCACCAUACCAUGAGACAUCCAUGUCUUCAUCACUGGAAAAGAUAAUCGGUUGAGAUGUAUAUCAUUUAAAAGCUUGCGAACAGGGUUGUCAAACUUCUAUAAUUUCUGGAAAACAAGUUGUCAGGUUUUUUACCUUUCAAGUCAAUUGUCUAAAAACGCUUAACUCCAAUUUUUUUGUUGUAGCUUAGAGCCCAUUUUACAUAAGGUUUUUGUGUUGUGCCCGCCAUUGGUUGAGACUCUUGAAUACAGGGUGGGUGUCAUGAGUUUACACGUUUGUUGAUAAAUGACGUUUAAGGUUGUUGUUUUUUUAUAACGUAUUUUAUUUUUUAUAUAUAAUACAAUUGUUUGACAACACUGUUUUUAAAUGAUAUCAAACUCAACCGUUUAUCUUUUCCAGUGAUGAAGACAUGGAUGUCUGUCUCAUGGUAUGGUGGGUUCUGCAAAAUGGGUCAACUUUGAGUACCUUUUAUCUCCUGAAUCCCUUUCUGACCACUUCUUCCAUGGGCAAACAUGUAUAAUAAAUGUUUAAGUCAAAAGGGAUGCUGUCAAAAAGUGAUUGAAUUCAAAUCGAUUUACCUAUAGACUGAUUGGAUGGGUCAGUUCUGAUCGGACCUGUGAACAUGGAUGAUGUUAUAAACGGUCCAAUCCUCCUUUACACAUCCUCGUUCCCUUGGAAUAGUGACGUUAACGACCUGUCUGGCUUCUAACCUUUGACCUUUGCCGUGUAUGUGUGCAUGUGCACGUGUCUAGACACUGCAGGAGAAAGUGUGUGAGUUCCAGGCGCGUCUGCGAAGCGAGGAAGCUUCCCGGUGUCUGCAGCUGCAGAGACUGCAGCAGAGUCACCUGCAGAGUCACGAACAGAGUCUGCAGGAGAAGACUAACGUCAUACGCACUCUAAAGGAGGAGCCGCACACAGCACUGCCCAACGGUGAGAGAGGAACGGGGGGAGAUGGAUGGAUACAGGGAGGGAGGGAGGGGAUAGAGGGAGGAAGAAAGAGCAAGGGAGAACUGUAUUAGAGUAGUAGGAAGGAGAACUGCAGCUGUAAAGAAAGGACGGAGUCGUGACUGAUACAUCAGUAAUUACUGUGAAAUCAAUGACUCCAAAUGGUCUCGUCAUGGUGUGUGUCUGUCAGGACGGGGUUCACAGUACUGACACAAGCCAGCCUGUCAGCAAGAAGAGGGCUGUGUGUCACGGCUGUGACCGACUGUCAACAUGCAUUAUCCACUACUGUGGGGCUGGAUGGCGUGUGUGUCUGUUUUUAAAUUCUGUUGGUGCGUGUAUAUGUGUUUAUCACUGUGUGUGUUGCAGGUGUGAGGGCAGUGCAGAGGCUGGCUGAGCCACAGGAGCAGCAGCAGCAGCACAGCAACCGUCUCAUUCAGGAAGGAGAGCAGCUCAUCACAGCGCUGCGCACACAGGUGGGGGAGCUGGAGGAGAAGCUGCUAGACCAGACCCAGGAGGUGGAGAGACUGCGCUCGGAGCUGGUGAGGGGAGGGGAGAGGAGGGAUGGAAAGAGAGAAUGAGUGCAGAGCCCAGCUGGCCUACAUUCUUGGGCAAGCCUGGGAAAGACGAGCACAAGAUAACUGACACCUUUUCUUCCAGGUGUAAGAUUGCACCGUGACACACUUCUGCUUCACAGGCAUUCUAAGGUGUUGCAUGUGAGUGAGAGUGUGUGUAAGAGGGUGAGAUGGGGAGGUGAGGGAGAGGGGGCAAGUCAAAGUGCAAUGGUAUGUACAUCUGUAUGUGUCUCCUGAUGUUCGUGUCCGGGGGGCAGAGAAAAAGUGCUUGUGCAUUGCUGUGUGUGUGAAUACAUUGUAAUGUAUUCCUGUGUGUAUUUAUAUCCCUCUGUGUGGUGCCUUUGUGAGUGUGAUACUGACAUGUGCCUGUUCCUCCUGUCCUGUAGGGGGCGACCGACCUGGAGAAGCACCUGGAGCUGUUGGUGGUCGAGAACGAGCGGCUGAAGCAGGAGCUGAAGGCAUGCAAGACCUCACUGCUCCAGGAGGCUCCUCCACCGGCCUGCACAGCCACUGACUGCCCCCACAGCCAGGUACGGGUGUGGGUGUGGGAUGGGCAGAAUCAAGUGCGGCAGAGGCUGUGAAAACCCUGUUUUUUUUUAUCUGUCUAUUAGAAACUCAGCAAAAAAAGAAACGUCCUCUGUGUUUAUUUUCAGCAAACUUAACGUGUAAAUAUUUGUAUGAACAUAACAAGAUUCAACAACUGAGACAUAAACUGAACAAGUUCCACAGACAUGUGACUAACAUAAAAGGAAUAAUGUGUCCCUGAACAAAGCGGGGGUCAAAAUCAAAAGUAACAGUCAGUAUCUGGUGUGGCCACCAGCUGCAUUAAGUACUGCAGUGCAUCUCCUCCUCAUGGACUGCACCAGAUUUGCCAGUUCUUGCUGUGAGAUGUUACCCCACUCUUCCACCAAGGCACCUGCAAGUUCCCAGACAUUUCUGGGGGGAAUGGCCCUAGCCCUCAUCCUCCGAUCCAACAGGUCCCAGACGUGCUCAUUGGGAUUGAGAUCCGGGCUCUUCGCUUGCCAUGGCAGAACACUGACAUUCCUGUCUUGCAGGAAAUCACACACAGACCGAGCAGUAUGGCUGGUGGCAUUGUCAUGCUGGAGGGUCAUGUCAGGAUGAGCCUGCAGGAAGGGUACCACAUGAGGGAGGAAGAUGUCUUCCCUGUAACGCACAGUGUUGAGAUUGCCUGCAAUGACAACAAGUUCAGUCCGAUGAUGCUGUGACACACCGCCUCAGACCAUGACGGACCCUCCACCUCCAAAUCGAUGCCGCUCCAGAGUACAGGCCUCGGUGUAACGCUCAUUCCUUCGACGAUAAACGCGAAUCCGACAAUCACCCCUGGUGAGACAAAACCGCGACUCGUCCCUGGUGUAACUCGGGCAGUUGUUGUUGCCAUCCUGUACCUGUCCUGCAGGUGUGUUGUUCGGAUGUACCGAUCCUGUGCAGGUGUUGUUACACGUGAUCUGCCACUGCGAGGACGAUCAGCUGUCAGUCCUGUCUCCCUGUAGCGCUGUCUUAGGCGUCUCACAGUACAGACAUUGCAAUUUAUUGCCCUGGCCACAUCUGCAGUCAUCUUGCCUCCUUGCAGCAUGGCUAAGGCACGUUCACGCAGAUGAGCAGGGACCCUGGGCAUCUUUCUUUGGGUGUUUCAGUAGAAAGGCCUUUUUAGUGUCCUAAGUUUUCAUAACUGUGACCUUAAUUGCCUACCGUCUGUAAUCUGUUAGUGUCUUAACGACCGUUCCACAGGUGCAUGUUUAUUAAUUGUUUAUGGUUUAUUGAACAAGCAUGGGAAACAGUGUUUAAACCCUUUACAAUGAAGAUCUGUGAAGCUUUUUGGAUUUUUACUAAUUAUCUUUGAAAGACGGGGUCCUGAAAAGGGGCUGUUUCUUUUUUGCUGAGUUUAGCUCUGUGUGUGUAGGACACGGACGCCCUGUGUGGGAAGUUAUCUCGUUGGAAGAACCAGGCCAGAGAGCGAGAAGAGGCAGUGUUAUAAGUGUGUGUGGUGUAUUAUAACUGUAUGUUGUGGACCUCCCGAGCGGCGCAGUGGUCUAAGGCACUGCAUCACAGUGCUAGCUGUGCCACUAGAUAUCCUGGUUCGAGUCCAGGCUCUGUCGCAGCCGGCCGCGACCGGGAGACCCAUGGGGCGGUGCACAAUUUGCCCAGCGUCGUCCAGCUAAGGGGAGGGUUUGGCCGGCAGGGAUGUUCUUGUCCCAUCGCGCACUAGCCACUCCUAUGGCGGGCCGGUCGCCAGGUGUACAGUGUUUCCUCCGACAUUGGUGCGGCUGGCAUCCGGGUUAAGCGGGCAUUGUGUCAAGAAGCAGUGCGGCUUGGUUGGGUUGUGUUUCGGAGGACGCACGGCUCUCGAUCUUCGCCUCUCCCAAGUCCGUACGGGAGUUGCAGCGAAGGGACAAGACUGUAACUACCUAUUGGAUACCACAAACUUGGGGAGAAAAAAGGGGGUAAAAAAAUAAUAAUAAAAAAAGAACUAUGUUGUGUUAUAUAGGAUGCGGAGGCCCUGCGUGGGGAGGUGUCUCGCUGGGAGAGCCAGGCCAGACCGAGGGAGAGGAGGCUGGCUGAGCUGGAGCAGCAGGUCCUGGAGAAGGCCGGCCGUGUGGAAACGCUCAGCCGACAGCUGGAGGAGUCCAAGCGCCACGCGGGGGAGAUGCAGAGGCAAUUGGAGGAGUCCAAGUGUCAGCAGGGGGAGGUGGAGCAGCAGCUGAGCGUCCGGCUCAGGGACUGUGAGGAGGAGCUGGCCAGACAGGCCACCCAGCCCCAUCAGGUCAAGGUGAGGAAUCGCAAAAACUGUCCCAUUUCAAAAACAACCCCUUGCUAGCUCCUAUGUUACUUAAUGGUCCCUCAUAGAUCUGAAAUGGUAGGAUGGGUAAGCUAUAUGUUGGUAGCUUACCACCUAUUCAAUAUUUUUGAGUUAUAUGAAUGACUGGGAUGUUACGAGAGCAUUUGCUGCUGAAUUAUGUUCCCUGAUGAUCUUACGAUAUCAAUCUCUCUCUCCUGCUCCCUACCUUUAUCGCUCUCCUCCUACCUCACCUAUCUCGCUCUCUCUAUUCUCUAUCCGUCCAGUAUGUGACUGAGAUAGUGGAGGUGGAGUCGUCAGAGUCUCAGCAGGCCGUAGCUGAGGCCCAGGCCAAGAGCGCCACCCUGCAGGAGCAGCUAUCACUGCAGAGACAGCUGCUCCGAGAGCUGGAGACACAGCUGCACGAGUCCCAGAGGACCAGCACCCAGCUCCGAGCUCAGGUACACACAUAAGGAGAUGUACACAGACACACACACAACCAUCUAACAACAUGCACAACCAUCUAACAACAUGCACAUACUACUCUCACACACACAUACGCGUAACCCUCUGUGCCCCUUCCUAAUCCCAUAUUAUUUCUCAAGUUCUCCUCGUUCCUCCCCCUGGUACCAGCAUUGGUACAAUCCAACUCACCCCCUUGUAGUAGAUUGUGGUGGUACGGUCCUUCACAAAAACACCCUUCCCUCCCAGUAGAGGUGAUUGGUUUGACCCUCGUCCCAUCCCCUCCCCUGUAGAGGCAUGGUCCGUGUUAACCCCUCUCUCUUCGCUUACGUUUGGUUCCAGCUGCGUGCAGACCGCGGCCGUAUCUGCGGCCUGCUCUCCAAGGCCGUCGGAAGGGGCAAUGGCGAGGUCAUUUGCAGGUUGUCUAAGGUUGGCCCCCCUUGAUAGCCACAUUAGGCCCCUCAUAGUGCGUCCUGUUUUCCACUACAUCACUUCCUGUGUCUCAGGCACCAGCUCCCCGAACAUCUGUGUGGUUUCAACCCCCCACCAAAACCCUGUGUUCUGUAGUGACACGUAUAAACUGUACCCUAAAUCUGUUCUAGGGUCCUCCAGUCUUGUGUGGGGGGUGCAGUGUGUGGUUGUUUUGGAUUAGCUUUUAGCUGUAAUGAUGGUUCACAACACAUUGUGAACCCAUUAAUGUAUCCUGUAGCUGAGAAGAAGCAAACCCCUAUGGUUUUGCUGGGAGCUAACUUUUAAUUAGUUCCAUCUGUUAGUUAUAGGCUUCAGAUUUUAGAUGUUGUGGGACAUUUGAAGCCCUUAGCUCAAAUGCCCUGGUAGCUAUUAGAUCUGAGUUCCAGUGUUAGCUUUUAUGCUAGCUUUUAGCUCUCAUCCCUUAGCUCCAGGUAGACCACCAAACACGCUCCAGUCCCCAUCCAGACCAGUGUGGUGUGUUGGUAUGGUCCCAAGAUCUACUCCAAUCUCCAUUUCCAACCCUCUCUAAACUCUCUCUCUGUCCCCUGUAGAUACUGGUGUACGAGGGGGAGAUGGAGCGAGCCCAGGGCCAGUUGGAGGCUGAAAUGCAGAACCUGGAGGAGGAGAAGAACAGGGUGAUAGAGGAGGCCUUCAUCAGGGCCGAAAGCGAGAUGAAGGCUGUGCAUGAGAACCUGGCAGGUAAGCCGAACGUUUAGGACUAUGUGCUUUUUGCAUUUGCGUGUAUGCACACCGCAGUCCUGGACGGUAUUCAUUAGGGCACACCGAAGUGAAACAUUUUCCAUCAAAAAACAAAAGUGAUUUUCUUACUGGACAACAUCAGGUUUUAUUCUAUUUUGUUGGCCUUCGUAAUGAAUAUGACCCAGGAAUUUUUGUAUGCUCUGUUUUAUUUUUGUCAUUAUUCACUGUUAUAACAAAAUGUGUGUGUGUGUGUAUCCCUCCCUGUCCCCAGGUGUGCGUAUGAACCUUUUGACCCUGCAGCCAGCCCUGCGUACUCUCACCUGUGACUACAACUGUCUGAAGAGACAGGUGCAGGACUUCCCCUUAAUGCUGGAGAAGGCCAUCACCGAGGCCAAGCAGGAGAUCUGCCAGGUGAUAGGCGAGGUGAGCAGUGCCAACCAAGAGCUGCUGAGGAAGUACAAGAGAGAGAUGAACCUGAGGAAGAAGUGCCACAACGAGCUGGUGCGCCUCAAAGGUACGACCCCCUUGACUGUGCAUACUGAGAGGUGUGUGGGAUAUCAGUCGUUCAUACUAGCUAGUACAUCCAGUUGAUUCCACAGGUGCAUCUGUGUACAUAACAGAUCGAUUCUGUUCAAAAGCAGUGUAUCUUUGCAUUUGUUGUCCCAAAACAGUAUUGUAAUGUGUCUCUUCUGCCUGCUCUUCCCAGGUAACAUCAGGGUGUUCUGUCGGGUGCGGCCGGUGUGCCGAGGGGAGCGUGAUUCUGCCGAAAACAUGGUCAGCUUUGACCCAGACGACGAUGCCCUUCUCUACCUCUCCAACAAAGGCAAACUGAUGACCUUUGAACUGGACAAGGUGUUCCACCCUCAGGCCACACAGGAAGAGGUCAGUAGAACAUCAUGACUUGGAGUACAUCUCAAUAGUCUAAAGUGGCUCCCUUGCCGUCAUCUUUAAUGAUCUGAAAACGCACCACAGGUAAAAGCAACAUAAGAUGUUUCUCAUCAGCACAGAUGAAGGAAAUGACAUGAGGAAGCCCCUUUAGAUUAUCGCGAUAUACCACAAGGAUGUUGCGGUCUAUAUAUAUUCUAAGGGUUUACUGUCACCAAUCACAACAGCUGUAAUCCUCUCUGAUUGGCUAACCAGGUGUUCCAGGAGGUCCAGUCCCUGGUGACGUCCUGUAUUGAUGGCUUUAACGUGUGCAUCUUCGCCUACGGACAGACGGGCUCAGGAAAGACCUACACCAUGGAGGUACUCGCUGCUAAUAUAUACACACACACACACACACUUUCACUCUCUCUCCUCCUCUCUCAUGGCUACAGGAGAUAAAUUAAGGUUAGAUAGAAAUUAAGAGAUGUGUUGUAGUGAUUGUUAAUAGCAAAUGUCUUGUCUGUCCUUUUCUUUAGGGUGUGGCCAAGGACCCGGGCAUUAACCAGAGGGCUCUCAGACUGCUGUUCUCUGAGGUGACUGAGAAAGCACCCGACUGGGACUUCAAGAUCACUGUUAGCAUGGUGGAGAUCUACAACGAGACCCUACGGUGAGGACACACACACACACACACACACACACACAUAUCAGUAUAAGGUCAGAGAGGGUGAGUGGGUUUGGAUUUGAGUGCAGGUGCAUGUGCAGCCUUGCCUCAGAGGUUACACAAUGACAGAGGUGAAGCAAGGGUGAUGUAGUUACAAUACGUACCAUUAUGAGAAGGCUUUUUUAGAUCACGGCUCAAGCGUUAUUUCAUUGUAAUUUAGACCUAAGCUGUCUUUCACACAGUUCCUGUGUGCAUGUGUGUAAGCAAUUUGAGUGCAUGGGCCAGCAGUUAUAUAAAAGUGGAUUAUAUAUAAUGUCCUUGAUUCAUCUGUUGAAUACAAGAGCUCCUCUCCUCCCUCCCUCCCUCUAUCCCCUUCCUCCCUCUAUCCCUCCCUCUCUCUGUUGCAUAAUCUCUGAACAUCUGUGUGUCCUUUCUGCCAAAGCAUGACGGCAGGACGCACCACGAGAAGAGGGGUGGAAUAUCAUAGCGCAUGAAAGAAGCCAUUUUGGCCCCACUUAGUUGGAGAGUCGACUACAGAUUAUCUUGAUCGUUUUUGUUAAUUUGAGCUAUCUAUGUAUCUAUCUAGUUAUCCAUCUAUUGCUCUAUCUGCCGAAUGUUGUUGGGGGAUAUCAUAGGACAAAUAUCAAACGUCACCAUACACCCAAAGUAGUGCUGUAUGCGUAUCAUUUUAAGACAGUAUUUUUCUUUGAGUGGGAACCAUCUUUGUGACAGUGCGUUGCUGUUGUUUUCUGUAGGAACCUUUUGGGGGACAACCAGGGUGAGAAGCUGGACAUCAAGAUGAACCCAGACGGUAGCGGUCAGCUCUAUGUACCGGGCCUCACGGAGUUCACUGUCCAGAGCCCUGAGGACAUCAACAGGGUGAGGCCACCGUUCAACUACUGCCACUUAUACUAUGCCUGCCACAGGGUAGCUUUGUGUCCGAUGUCCAUAAGUGUGCUCUGAUCUGCAAUCAGUGUGUCAAUCAAUCACAUUUUGUUCAUAUGGUGUUACUUACCAGUCACAAAGUGCCAAAUUGUAUUCCUGGCCUAAACCCCAAAGCAAUACUUUUCCAUCAGUAGUGUUUUCCAAUUAAAUACAGAUGUGUAGAGAAAGCUGUUAUUGGGCAUUGUUUACAAUCAUGCGUCAGUUAUUAAGAUGGCUCCCACGGUUCUUAGGCCUGAGGCUGAGUUCUCAUCCUGAAAUGUCUGACAGAGAUCUUGUGUUCCCUGAGCCAGUGGAAUGUGCCCAAGCCGGGAUUUGCCUCUAGUCUACAGAUUAGUUUGUGUGUUAAUGAUUGAAAUCUGCUCCUGUGUGUUUGUGUGUUCUUCCAUGUGCAUAUGACAGAGCAGUUAUUCACUUCCUAUGACCCCUGACCUCUAACCCCUGGCCUGUGCCCUCUGUGUAGGUGUUUGAGCUGGGUCACAUGAACAGGGCCACGGCCUGCACCAAUCUGAACGAACACAGCUCCCGCUCUCACGCCCUCCUCAUCAUCACCGUAGCAGGCUUCAACUCCUCCACCGGGCACCGCACGCAAGGUACACAAACACACAAUUCCUGUACUGGACAUUGCACACAAGGUACACACACAUACACACACACACACACACACACACUCACACACACACACACACACACUCAUUCAGGAUUUUAUCUCUGUACAACCUCUGCUAGGUAAGCUGAACCUGGUUGACCUGGCUGGCUCAGAGCGGAUUGCUAAAUCCGGGGCAGAGGGCAGCCGCCUGCGAGAGGCCCAGUGCAUCAAUAAGUCCCUGUCGGCCCUUGGUGACGUCAUCAAUGCGCUGCGGAGCCGACACUCCCACGUGCCCUUCAGGAACUCCCGGCUCACCUACCUGCUGUCUGACUCACUGAGCGGGGACAGCAAGACCCUGAUGAUGGUGCAGGUGAGAGAGGGAGGGGUACAGGAGGGUGUGAGAGGGAUUGGGGAGGGAGAGAGGGGUGGGGGGUAAGGGGUUUCAAAUUAAAUUGUUAUUAGCCUACAAUAAAACCAUCGAUGCUUGAUGCCAUCAAUGCUAGCCUUCAGGCUAAUAUCAGAAGGUAUUUUCUCUAGGUGUCUCCCCUGGUCAGUAACAUGAGUGAGUCGGUGUGCUCUCUGAAGUUUGCCCAGCGGGUACGGACCAUCGAGCUGGGCAACGCCACCAGGAGACAGUUGGAGAACUCCUCCACCUCCUCCUCGCCCACCCAUGACAGCGUGGAGGUAACCUACACACACACCAACGAGAGAGUGAGGGAUGCACUCACACAUGAAAUCUCACACACGUGUGCUAGGUCAGCCCAGGCCUUACGUCAAACCUUCCCCAGAUCACUGAGCCCAAUCUGGGGCAUCAGAUUUCAUUCUGUCCCUCUGCCCUUAAUGAUCCAGGUCGGGAAUGGGUUAGGCAGAUCUGAACACAAAGCAGUUGUUUUAGGAAACCCACUUUCUAGCAAAGAAGAUCUAGUAGGCUCAGGAUGUUUGAAAAGGUUAUCUCCAAAAAGCAUCUGGGUCAUUUCUUUUUAGCAAGCAAUGACACCCACCAUCUCAGAUUGUUCCGACAUCGUUUCUGUAGAUAGAAACAGAUAAGAUUAGCAUUCCUGGUCAUUCCACCUCAAAAAUAACAAGAAAGAGGAUUUCGACACCCACCAUCUCAGAUUGUUCUGAAUUUGGUGAUGGGAUUUUUUCUCCUGUUCAGAGAAAUUAGUGAUUGAAGUUGUUAGGUUUAUGUCCCAUUCUACAUAUUCAUAUUACCAGGUUCUGACCACUAAAUGGUGCAGAGAUUUUACACAUUCAGGAAAGGUGAUGACGGAUUAUUAUGGACCAUUCCUGGUGACCACUUAGUUUAUGAUAAGUUAUGCACUUUGUUCAUUUAGUAGAUCAUUUCAACAGAUGACCAUUCAAAACACUGCUUUCAUCAGAUGAAAACUGCAGAGUUAAUGACAGACAGAGCCUGCAUUCAAAUGCAUAAUAGAUGCAUCCAGUCUGGGUUUGAGAAGUGUUUACACCUGUAUAGAUAGUGGAACUAUGUCUCCUGAGUGGCGCAGUGGUCUAAGGCACUGCAUCGCAGUGCAAACUGUGCCACUAGAGAUCCUGGUUCGAAUCCAGGCUCUGUCGCAGCCGGCCGCGACCGGGAGACUCAUGGGCGGCGCACAAUUGGCCCAGCGUCGUCCAGGGUAGGGGAGGGAAUGGCCGGCAGGGAUGUAGCUCAGUUGAUAGAGCAUGGCGUUUGCAACGCCAGGGUUGUGGGUUCGAUUCCCACGGGGGGCCAGUAUAUAUAAAAAAAAUAUAUAUAUAUGUAUUCACUAACUGUAAGUCGCUCUGGAUAAGAGCGUCUGCUAAAUAACGUAAAUGUAAAAUGUAAAUGGAACUUGCAAGCUUGCAGCAGGGUCGUUCCAUUUCAGCAAGUCAUGACACCAUCUAGUGGUCAGAACCUGGUAAUGUCAGGUGUCUGCAUCAUUUUAUUUUCAUUAAUUUUGGAGUAGAAUGUCCUUUUAAAAAGUAACUAGAACUGAUCUUCAGUCCUUCUACAUUCAAAUGAUCCGGGGGAGUGCCCCGAACCCCCUAAGCAAGGGGACUGGAAUUGGUCAAACUCACAUUUUAAAUUAUCCUCUUUCCCUAAAAGCAUGAUGGUCAUGACUUUCUUACAUGAAAUGGGAGGUUAACUUGGCCCCAGACAAUCGAUCUGAGAUCGACUUAAGUUGCAGUCAUGGGAUUUUGCUUUAACCCCUGACUGCAGUAGAUGAGCGCGAAACAGAGAAGCAGAGAAACAAUCGUAAUCCAGUUAGACAGGAUCCUUAGCGGAAUGGGGUUGAAUGAGGAACUUGAACUUUGGUAUUGAUGUUUCUAUAAUUGACCUUUGACCUUUCUGCAGCUGGACUCUCCCCCGGUGACUCCCGUGCCCCUCCCCAUCUCCCGGGCCAGCAGUGCCGGCUCCACCCUCUCCGCCUCCUCCAAAACCCCCAACACACGACGGAGGUCUCAGUCCCAGCUCUCAACAGGUAAAUGUAUGUACACACAUAUACACACCCCUUAGUCCCAGGUCUCAACAGGUACACAUGCCUCUCUUGAAAUGUCCUCUGUCAUCAUGAACCCUGGGACCCAUUAAUAUACAACAACACUAACAUGUACACACACCCCAUACACACACACACACACACCACCUUAUGCCACCAUUAUUGGGAUGAUAUAAAAAAGAUAUACACAAACAAAGUGAACUCAAGUGAGGUGUGAAUGGUCAGUGUGAAUCCGUUCACUCCUCUGUGUCCUGAUCCUCUGGUCUGAUUGGUUGGUUUGCAGACAGGCUGUUAGGCAGAGCCAGCCCAUUGGUGGGAGACGGUGGGCAGGUAGGUGGGGUUUAUGCUGAUUGGUCGCUUGGCAUGGAAAGUAAAUGCUCAGCAUGGCAUGGUGCCCAGUGCCCACCUGUGUCACCUGGUCAAUGCCCACCUAUCUAACACACCCCGCCUCUAACAUCAGGAAGUCGUGCGAUUGUAAACUUUUUGUGUGGGUCUUGACUCUUGUCCCUUUGUCUGUGUGUGAGAGACUGCAAGCUUUGUUUGUCUAUCUGCAGAUCCAUGUGUGUGUGGGUGAAGGUGUCCGUACAGGUCUGUGAUUGUCUGGCUGUCUGACUUCUGACUGUCUGUCUGUAGCUGUCUGUGAUUUUGUCUGUGACUGACGGUCUGAAUGCAAUUCUUAUUUGUGUGAUCUGCAUAUUGUAUGAUGUGAUGGUGUUUGUGUGUCUUGUCUAUAUGGAUUUGGUGUGUGUGUGUGGAAUCUGUGGAUACAUCACCUCUUCCUCUCCCCCAUCUGUGCUGCUCUAUGGCUGGGUUGUAGUGAGCUGUUAUUAACACAGGGACACCACUCCCCAUGAUUCACAGUAUUACUCUUCCCCUACAGGACGAUUGAAACUGUCUGUCUGAAGGCUCCAAUGGAUCCAGAAUGAACCCGGAUCCUGACCCAGUCAGCCAUUGGGCCCUCUGAACAGGAGGGUGUUAACCAGUACCUUGACCCAACAAUAGAAACUCUCUGCUUUGGGAACAACCUAUCCGCUAUCAGCCCUCUCUCCUUCUGCUGAUCUCACUCAGCCAAUGGGUGAGAGCAACUGGACUAGGCAAAUUAUCAGAUCUGACCGAUCAGAUCUGAUCAAUCAGAUUGAGAGAACGGUGACAUUUCAUUUAUUGAGCUAUUUGAACAGCAGAGGGAUGAAGAGGGGGAUAGAAACUUUGACCCCCAUGGAAGGCCGCCUCAUGCUGCAUACCAAGACUGUCCCAAUGCUCUAAAAAUGGCCUCCAGGUCUCCUUUUCUUCAUUACUACUGAUAGCUGAAAGGAAUGGACAGGUGUUAAUUUUAGCCAGGAUUGUUAUACAGCCUCCUAUAUCUUAACUACGUGUCCUCGUCUAUACCCCUCAAGGAAACACACACCAGACUGCAAGUGACUACAGGACAGUCUGUCUUCCACACCUGACUAGGGGCCAAAGGGGAGGAGCACCUGAGAGUAACACAGGCCCCUGUCCUAAAAACAACUCUCAUAAAGAAACCCUUUACUCCUCACAGCCCAGAACAACUCCACCCCACCUUUCACUCCUUCACCUUUGACCCUUCAACCGGGCCUGUGAUCUAUUCUCCCAUUGGCCAAUGGACUUGCUCUCCCCACCCCUCACAAUAACGCCACACCCACACCCCUAGUGCUAACCAAUCCCUUCGUCCCAUCAUCAACUAACAGUAUAGACCUUCCAAUCACAGUAUUUCUGGGUAAAAAUGCACUUUAAACGAGGCUGUUACCUUCUUGAUGUGUUUUCUAACAAUGCUCCAGUUACGGAUUAUGAUAAUAUGCAUAUACAGUAUAUAUCUGUGUGUUUGAGAUGUUUUUAAUCCCUUUAGCCUCCGUUGUUUUUUUGUGUGUUUUUUACGAGGGUUCCAUCCCGGUCUCCUUCCACACUUUCUCCCCCUCAUCCAAUCAGGGUACUCCACAGAUAUAGAGCUGGGCUUCUUUUACCCAAUAGGAUGCGAGCAAUAAGAGACGUGAGUGCGGAGAGCUUUUAACUUCCUGUGUAGCCGUUUGUGUUUUAGAUUAGAUUUCUCCAGGGCAAUACAGAGCCUACUGCAUGGAAACGUUCAUGUUCCUGGAUAUGUUGUCGUGUUUCUUGUACCGAGCGAAUAAAGCUAGACCGAUUCAAACUCCCUGCCAGACAGGAAAUGCCAUUCCUGUUAUUGGAUGCUGCAGGUUGAAGUUGCCCAGAGGCACAGAUCUAGGAUCAGUUUAUUCUACCCAAAUCCUAAGGUUAUCCAAUAGGGACACAAAACUGACCCUAGAUCCGCAUCCAGGACCACUUUAUCCUACUCCCUAUGGCUGACCACAAGCUGCCAAUGACAACGGAUCACCUCACUGAACAGACACAUGUAGCUGCAGAAACUGCUGCCCCUGAGGGAGUGAUAAGCUUGUGAACUGCGUUUGAAAAUGCAUCCAGUGUAAAUAGGAAUGCUUAGUACAUUUGAUCAACUGAUCGAUCAGUACAUAUCAGCUAAUCGACAGUGUUUCUUCAAUGUUAAACCAAUGUUCCCUCCAAUACCAGGAUGUCCGAGGAAUCAUUGAGGACACGCUGCAUCGUGUUGAUGGUUUGCUUGCUUUUGUCCUUGUUGUUGCCGCCGUAGGUUUCUACAGUGUUGUUUUUGUACACCCUUUUUAAUAAACACUCAAUACCAAAUGAAACUCAACUGUCUUCUUAUGCCGUCUCUAUAGAGCACAGGUCUCUAACAGAUGUUUUUUGAAAUAUGCUGCUUUCUAGAGGUUAUAUACUCUACCAGUCAAAAGUUUGGACACACCUACUCAUUCAAGUGUUUUUCUUUAUUUUUUACAUUGAAGAGUAAUAGUGAAGACAUCAGAACUAUUAAAUAACACAUAUGGAAUCAUGUAGUAACCAAGAAAGUGUUAAACCAAAAUAUUUUAUAUUUGACAUUCUUCAAAUAGCCACCCUUUGCCUCGAUGACAGCUUUGCACACUCUUGGCAUUCUCUCAACCAGCUUCAUGAGGUAGUCACCUGGAAUGCAUUUCAAUUAACAGGUGUGCCUUCUUAAAAGUUAAUUUGUGGGAUUUCUUUCCUCCUUAAUGCAUUUGAGCCAACACUGUUCAUGACAAACUGUUCACACCCCUCUUGUUGGUUUUGAGGAUUUUGCAGGUUUAAAGCUUAUUUCCUGCAAUUCUACACAUUUUGCCAUGUCUGUGUGUUCAUGUGAUGUUUGAGUGACAAUUUUAUUUUACUAUCAAUAGCUCUUUAAGGUAUGUGGCAGGUAGCCUAGCGGUUAAGAGCGUUGGGCCAGUAACUGAAAGGUGGCUUGUUCGAAUCCCAUAGCUGACUGAAAAAUCUGUUGGUGCCCUUAAUUGCUCCUGUAAAUCGCUCUGGAUAAGAGUGUCUGCUAAAUUACUAAAAUGUAAAUGUAUGCAAUGACUAACAUGAAAAGAGGAACUGAUGAUGCACUACCCAAUUUCGAAAUUGCACCUUGUGUAUUCUGCUAUUACAACUUUGAAGAGGAAGUUUAAAGCCGGACUGAGUUCUUGCAGGUGGCAUUUUUUUUGUAUGGAGUCGAAUUUGGUUAACAAAAAGAUGUAAUGGCUUAUUUGAUCGAAAUAGUAGUUUCAUACUGAUUAUAAGUAGGACACGUGACAUCCCGGCAAUAAAAAAUUUUUAAACAGUCGCCGUUGUGCCUGGUUAUAAACCCUGCCUAUUUCUACAAUUUCUCUUAUUUUAAAUCUAACCUUAACCACACAGCUAACCUUAAAUUAAAACCAAAAAGCAAUUUUUUGUUUUCAUGAAUUACUAUGAUAAAGCCAAUUUUGACUGUGGAAACCGUUGUGCCUGUAUCUGCCCUCUCAUUGGCUAGAAUGGUCCCACCUGAUCUUGCCUCCUCCCGACUGCCUUCCAGUUUAAGACGUUUCAUGUGUUAGAGCGGCCACUAGUGUAUCCAUUACAUUGACCAGAUAAUCUGUGGUGCCAUUGAGGCCUUUCAACAUUUUGAAGUAAUCAACUGGGUGGGACUUCCUAUGGGUUAAGUAAGGAUCACAAUUCCAUCCAGGUCAUCAGGAGGGAUCAGCCAAUGAAUUAUACUCGUGAGCAAACGUUCCAUAACUGCUGAUGGCAGUAAAUCGACAACCUUGACACCUGUUUAAACACAUUCCAGGUGACUGUAUGCACCCUUUCAGUUUAUUUACCAACUCAGAAGAAAAUGGACUAUUUCAAAAUGGAGAUGGCGCUGCCCAUGUGCUCACAGAUGCCACAAUGGGACCAAUACAAAGUUGUGAUCACCGUAUAACUAUGGUUGCAACUGAUUCUACAAGAACCCUUAAACAUGACCCUGUGCCCUAUACAUUUCACACUAUGGAGUGGUGGAUGGGCUAGUCUGCCUUGUUCGUUUAAUUUAGCACCUUUCAAACAGUACCUUCCCAACCAGCUAGAACAGUGCUGCUCUCUGUUGGAGUGGAAUUACACACAUCUAACAAGCGUUGUUCCUUUCAAUUCCGGAAGUCUUGUUGCUGAUCAACUCCAGAAACAUGCCUAAAGCUAGAUUCCUUCCUUUUUAAACAAUCCUUUUUUUUUGAAAAACAUGUUCUUUUAGUGUUAACAAUACUUUCAAAGAGUGCAUCUAGGGUCGACAUCUCAGGUACAGAAUGUAGAAAAAGAUUGAGAGAAUAUUUAAAUAGAAAUCACACCGUACACCCAUCAGUGCUUCAAUCACCUGAACACGUGCUGGGUUUCAAUCCGAUGGCAGGUUAUAGGCAAUUUCCGAUUAAGCCGACAUAUGCAGCCUUUCCUGUGAAUAGGAUCUCCGCGUGAACAUUGCGGCUUUUAAAGGCAAUGCCUAUAACCCACAAAUGGAUUGAAACCCGGCCCUAGUCAGGGCUGUGUGCCAUAGGUGUUUGUGUGCGUGGAAGGAAUUAUGAAAAGUGUGUGUGCUCAUCUGUGGUGGGCAAGUCAAGGUCACAGAGGACAUCAUUUCUCACACAAACACAUACUCUCACACAGAUUAAGGAAUCAUAAGUGCCCAGUGUUUAAAUAGGAGAGCUGCGUCCUGAGCACACAGCUACUCCAUGAGUUCUAACAUGGACUCCUUCUGGACACAGGACUCAUAUCCCGCUCAGUCUCUGAGUCCACUGCUUCAGUCCAUCCACACGCAGUGUGAAUCUGUGAUUGUCCCCUGAUUUACCACUCCGGUAGAUGAGAGAAUGCAGCCAUCAGUCAGUCGGACUGGAGUCCUCACAGCACAGUGCUCAGCCAUUUUGGGUCUGUGGAUCUGUGCAUGUCUCCAAUUGCAUAGUCGACUGUCAGUAGUCCAGUGGGGCCAUGAGCAGUUGCAGCUCUUUGAAGGCGCUGCCGUGGCGACCCACCUGGUCGGCCUUGUUCUUCACCACGUUGCUGAGGUUCUUCAGCUGCUUGUAGCAUGCCUUGCACUUCUGGUGGCUGGGCUCAAACACAAAUAAACCAUUAAUCACAAUCUGCAAUGGAAAUGGCCUGUCUCACUGUGGCAGAGUCUGAACUCUAUCCAAAUGUAUCUGAGUCUUUCUUAAAGCAAUAAGGCCAUCCAAAGCAAUACUGGAUGAAUACGGAGCUAGAACCCUUAAGAACAAUGAUUCUUUAGUGAUGGGCUGCAUAGUUUAACUCUCCAGGAUUAGUGACCAUUGCAUUAACACACUACAGUUAGAUGGUUAAAAGUACAAGCCAGUUUAGGAUUUAAAUGGGGCCGAAACUCACCGUUCCUCCCGUGUUAUAUCCACUCCGACAGAGGGGGGCGCUGUCAGGGUGUCUGAGAUGAGAGGCCAGAAACGCUUCAGGAUCAACUUCAGAGACAUGCAACCCGUCUGCACAUAA